AUGGCGACGCCCGCUGAUCUUGCUCUGCAGCGGCAACUGCAGGCGCCGGAGUCCGCCGCGUCGCCCAAGGUCGUGACUGCGCUAUGGGUGCUCGGCCUGUUCACCGCCUCCGUGGCCAUCACCCUCGCCGUGCGCGAGCCACUGCCGGUGCCGGGCCGCCUCCAUAAGAACGCGUACUUCCUCACGCUCUCGGUCGCAUUCUUCGCCGGGGUAGCAGGCGUCAUGGCCGUUGUUUGCAUUGAGUGGCCGACGACCCCCACGGCCACCGGCCGCCGUGCCACGGGGGAUGAAGCUCGUCUACUCUACCGCCGCCGCCGCCAUCGCUGUCGGUGGUUUCAUGGUGGUCGUUUCAUUGCUAUGCUUAAACAGAUCGAGCUUAUGCGUCCAGCUCAUGCCGUCAGUUCUUCUCUGUAUGAUGAAUGA